UUGAAAAACAUGUUCAAUCAUCUCCCGUUCGUUCGCCGAUUAUUUGACAUAAUAUUUCUUCAAAGUGUAGUGCUUUGUCAUAAAUGACAAUGCUGUGUUUGGUUAAUGUUUACAUCCAGUAACAGUCUAAUUUUCAGUUAAUCAUCAUUUAGCACGUUCGUGAUUAUUUUUAAAAGUAGAACGAUUUUAAUUUUCUAAAAAAACAAAAACAAAAUUGGCUAGGGACUUAAAAGCUGAAGUAUAAUGAUGCAAACUUUAGAUGUUUGCAAGAAAACGUCAGGAAAGAUUUGGCACCGAAAGCCAUCACCAUCAAGUGAUAAUGGAUUAAUGUUCAGGAUCACAAGUUCUCUGUCCAGCGCCUUGUCUGACCCUGGCAGAAACAUCCGUUUUCUUCACACUGCAUUUGAUGCCCCUGGAGACAGAUUUAUUGCAGGGGAUCACCAUGGCAAUGUGUAUAUUUUUGACUUGACAAAAAACAGAUUUUGUCUUGCACAAAAGACUGGACACCCUAGCACAGCUCUUGCAUUUACCCUGAGGAGAAAGACAGAGUUUCUAGUUGGGCUUUCCGACUAUUCGUUUAAGUGCUUCGAUUCCGACACCAAAGAACUCGUAGCAUGGAUGAAGGGCCACGAGUCGGCUAUACACAGUAUAUCGAUGCAUGCGUCGGGACGUUACGUGCUGACCACAUCAGCAGAUACAGCUCUACUCUGGGAUUUAGACACAUUCCAGAGAAAACGCAAACUCAACAUCAAAGAAGAAGUGGGGCUGCUUAAGGUGUUUUUCCUUCCGCUGAGUAACACCAUCGUGACAUGUUUCCGUGACGACACAAUAUUUGCGUGGGAGUCGGAUACACUUGAGUGUAAAUACCAGCUUCCUGUUCCUCCAGGCGACAGUCCACAGUACCGAGUGUUUGCAGCCACACGAGAUGGCAGAAUUCUGGCCGCCGGGGGCCGCUCUCGGUUCAUUCACCUGUGGUCACUGGACACUCGCCGACUUCUCAGAAUCAUAGAGCUGCCUAACAAAGUGGUGUCCGUCAAACAGCUGGACUUCAUCCCGGACAACUUCCAGUGUGGUGCAGACCAAGUGCUGGGUGUUCUGUGUCAGGACGGACUAAUGCGAUUCAUCAACACCGACACGUGCAAGCUGCUGUUUGACAUCGGAACCGUGGACAACCGCAUCAGCAAUGUGUCCGUCAGUCCGAGCGGCCGUCACAUCGUGGCUGUGAUGGAUGAUGGUAAUGUACAUGUGUACAGUGUGUUGGCGCUCUCCGCAGAACUCAGCAAGCCUCCGGCACCACUGGUGAAAGUUGUGACAUCAAACAGGAUGUCCGAGACUGUGUCAACGGAGAGCAGUGACAGAAGUCUGAUAAAGUCUGCCAAGUCGAGACGCCGGGACAGGAGGAAACCUCAAGACUCGGACAGUAGCGCUGCUAAUGACAUGGAUCUGGACAAGCUGUGUAACAUUUUGAAAGGGUACGGAGAAUACCCUGCAAAAUACAGGAUGUUCAUCUGGCGGUCCGUAUUACACCUGCCGGAGAACCACGCUGCGUAUGGUGCCCUGGUGGACAAAGGAUCUCACCCGGCCUACUCCAAGCUUCACGAGGUCUAUCCUAUCAAAAGCAGAAAACUCCUUCGAGUCUUACAAAGAAUUUUGUCUGCGCUGGCCCACUGGUCGCCUAUAUUUGGAGAAACACAGUACCUGCCAACGCUGGCAUUUCCGUUUGUGAAGCUGUUUCAGAACAACCACCUGGUGUGUUUCGAAAUCAUUGCCACACUGCUAGUAAACUGGGGAUACCACUGGUUCGAGUAUUUCCCCAACCCACCAAUCAACAUCCUUGCCAUGAUAGAGAACAUCAUCGCACACCAUGACAGAUAUCUGCUGCAACAUUUUGUGAAAUAUAAAGUGACAUCACAGAUCUACGCAUGGCCGCUGCUGGAGAGUGUGUUCUCGGAGGUGCUCACGAAGGAGGAGUGGCUGAUGAUGUGGGACAAUGUGUUCAGCAGUCACCCGUCUUUCCUGCUCAUGCUGAUUGCCGCCUACGCCAUCUGUGCACGGGGUCCUCUCAUGCAGUGCAAGGAACUCGACGACUUUAAAUAUUUCUUCCACCACCGGAACGCGGUUGAUGUGAAACAGGUGGUGAAGGAGGCGUAUCGCCUGAUGGAGUCGACGCCCAACGACAUCCACCCGAAGAAACACAUUGAAGAGUUCAAACCUCUCACAAAGGGACUGUACCCAGUCUUCAACAAGUACCCCAAGUUCAUUGUCGACUACCAGGUUCAAGAACGAGAACGAAUAAGGCAAGAAGAGCUGGAAUAUCUACGACAGAAACAGGUGACGCUGGCGGUUGAGAAGGAGACGGAGAAGAGACAGCAGGAGGAGGAGGCAUGGUACCGCCAGGAGCACCUGCUGACGGAGGCCGAGGACAAGCGACGUAGGAUGAUCCAGGAGGAGGAGCACAAACUCGCGGAGCAGAGGAAACGUCUGUUUGCGAUGAACCGUGAAGUGAAGCUGAAGGAGCUACAACUGCUGGACGCGGCACGGCGCAAGUUCCUCCACUUCCAGCAGACACAGCGCGAGGCCGAACUCAAGAGACUGGAUGAUGAGAUGCAGAGAAAGGCUCUGAUGAGAGAUCAGGAAACUGAAGCAGCCAUUGAGGAGGCUGAGAUUAAGAACAUGGAGCUGAACUUACAGAAGAAGAUGUUUGAACAGGAGUUGUUUCGCGAGUAUGCGGUGUCGUCCCACCACCUGCGCAGUGAACAGGACCUACACCGCAAACAGAAGGAGAUGGAAGACAGAAUACAGCAGAGACUGCAGACUGCGGAACGAGAGAGAGACGUACAAGUCAGGAAGAUGAUGUCACAGCAGCUGGCGACUGCAUCACAGAAGAACAUCGACAUGUGGGCUCACAGAGAGGUGGAUCACAGACACCACUUGGAGGACUGUCAGAGAGAGGCCGGACACACCCAGCUUGCAAAGAUCCAUGAACAAAAUCGGACACUGGAAAGUGAAGUUCAGAAGCUGAUGACAAAAUGUCAGGAUGAGAGGGAGAGUGAGACAGCCACAGGUUACCGCGAUCUACAGGACGCAAGGACGGAUCGACUGAACAACAGCGUACGACAUCUCGACCAGAUCGAGGACGAGAUUAACGCAGACCUAGCACACGUCCGUCACAUCCAUGAUGACGUCAUCGACGCUGUACAGAAACAUCGGAAGCCAUAUUGGAACAGCAGCCAGCAGACCGAUCUUCCUGACCAACUCCAGACUGAAGACUCUCUGGUGAACACCAAAGUAUCAUUCGAGAGGAGUCGGCAAGCGUUUGAAGAGCAGGAGUUGGCUUUGUUAAAUGGUGUCCGACAGUUACGACAGAAAAUAGCCAUGGAAAACCGAGCCAAAAAACCGCCACCGCCUCUUCAAGCCGAUGGUUAUUAGAUAGUCGAAUUUGAUGUGUUAAAAACAAUUCUGUCCAGACACGGUCAAGUUCACCAUAACCUUCUAAACAUGCAAUGAUGAUUAUAGGGUGGCAUUUUGCAAAACAAAACCAGAGAAAUAGUGUCCAUAUCAAAACACAGUACCAAAGAUGUAUCUGAGUGUUCCCCCCCC